CAAGGUGUUUCUAGCAAUUCCAACGUCUCAGUGCUUCCUGUCUUUUCUUCUCUGUCUUCAAGAGGCGAAGGUAGUAGGGCAAGUGAAAAUCCAGGAGCCUGACUCCAUCGGUCCAAGUGGAAAAGAUGCAACCCGAGAUAGAUGGUGCGCUGUUGAAAACUGCUGUUGGUUCAAGUUUUUCUACUGCCGUGAGUGCCUCCGUAAACACUGGCCGUAAUUGUCCCUCAAUACCAAAGUCAUCUUUGCCUUCCCCUGGGAAGACACCGAAUAAUAAAGAACUUCGCCCUAUGCCUCCAGCUGGGGAAAAGAAGCCAGAAAAUUGUUCAUAUAACGGGAAGGUUUUACGUAAGAGAUUCUCAGAGAGAGAAUUAGAUUUUGAUAUUUGCUGCGGCGUCAUCGAUGAGGAAACCAAGAAACCCUGCCUGAGGGCUUUGACGUGCAAGUCACAUUCCUUAACCCAGAGGAGAGCCGUGCAGGGUCGAAGACAGAGAUUUGACGUAUUGUUAGCCGAGCACAAAAGCAAAACCAGGAAAAAGAAACGGCCUCAACAUCUGGACCAGCAGAUACCGCCUCUCUCCCCUUCGGAAACUUCCCAAGAGCUGCAUCCCAAACCUCAUGGAGUGAUUCCCAUUCCAAAGCCUUUGGCCUCAAAUAAACCCGAACCUCAAAAUCCCAGCCUUCCACGGCCGCCGGGCUGCCCAUCUCAAUACAGCGGGAAUGACCACAGUGGCUCUCCGGCAGUCCAUGACGCUGCCCACCCUCCCGUCGGGGCCACGGGGCGAGGCUCACAGUUGCACAGCUACAACCCGGGAGCAGCCGACAAAAAAGAAGAGCCUGUUGAAAAACCGGAUUGCCGUUAUUCAGAUCAUCAUCCUCGGCCAACAUCUUUUUGCGCUUUUGGGAGUCAGAGGAUUGGAAGAGGUUACUAUGUUUUUGAUAAGAAGUGGAACCGCAUCCAACGUGCGCUUCAUUCAAUGCUUGACACGCAUCUGAAUUCACAGAUGGGAAAGUGA